AGCGAACCCGACUAUUGGCCGACAGAUUGUGGAACACCCAGAGAGCGAGAGACCUCGGGAGUACAUGAAGCCGACUGUUAACUUCAGGCUCUGUUCACCUCACAAAGUCGGUCUACGUUAGCUAACGAUGAGUACAUCAGAGACAUUGGAUCGAAUGGAACUCUGUGAAAGCCUCCUGACAUGGAUCCAGACAUUUGGAGUGGAUGCUCCAUGCAAGACAGUAGAAGACUUGACGAGUGGCAUCGUCAUGGCCCAAGCACUACAGAAAAUAGAUGUAGUGUAUUUCAAUGAUGCUUGGAUUAGUAGAAUCAAGCCAGAGGUUGGGGACAACUGGAGGUUAAAGAUCAGCAACCUAAAGAAAAUUCUGAAAGGAAUCCUCGACUAUAACCAGGAGAUCCUAGGCCAGCACAUUAACGACUUCACAUUACCAGAUGUUAACCUUAUUGGAGAGCAUUCUGACGCAGCAGAACUUGGGAGGAUGCUACAACUUCUACUGGGCUGUGCUGUCAACUGCGAACAGAAACAAGAAUACAUCCAGACCAUAAUGAUGAUGGAGGAGUCCGUGCAGCAUGUUGUCAUGACAGCCAUCCAAGAGCUGAUGAGCAAAGAGACUCCAGUUAUGGGAGGAAAUGACUCAUAUGUGGAUCUAGACAGACAGCUGAAGAAAACAGUAGAGGAGCUCAAUGAUGCUUUGGCUACCAAGGAAGAGAUCUCCCAGAGGUGUCGCGAGCUUGACAUGCAGGUCGCUGCCCUGCAGGAGGAGAAAAGCAGUUUGCUGGCAGAAAACCAGGUCCUUAUGGAGAGACUUAACCAGUCUGACUCCAUAGAGGAUAUAAACAGCCCAGCUGGACGCAGACACCUCCAGCUGCAGACACAACUGGAGCAACUACAGGAAGAAACCUUCAGGCUGGAGGCAGCAAAAGAUGACUACCGGAUCCGUUGUGAAGAGCUUGAAAAAGAACUUUUGGAUGUAAAGUCACAGAAUGAAGAGCUUGCAUCACUGGCUGAUGAAGCCCAGUCGCUCAAGGAUGAGAUGGAUGUUCUCAGGCAUUCAUCAGACAAAGUAUCAAAGCUGGAGGGCACAGUGGAACACUACAAGAAGAAACUGGAGGACAUGGGACUUCUCAGGAGACAGAAUAAGCUAAUGGAGGAGAAGAACACGGUAUUAAUGCAGACCAACGUCAGUUUGGAGGAGGAGCUACGAAAGGCGAAUGCUACUAAGGGCCAGCUGGAGACAUACAAGAGACAGGUGGUGGAACUUCAGAACAAACUGUCAGAAGAGUCUAAAAAGGCAGACAAGAUGGAGUUUGAGUACAAACGAGUCAAAGAGAAAGUGGACUCUCUACAAAAAGAAAAAGAUCGUAUGCGGACGGAGAGAGACUCUCUGAAGGAGACUAUCGAGGAGCUCCAUUGUGUCCAAGCCCAGGAGGGACAACUUACAGCAGGUUUGUUACCAUUGGCCAGCAACGACGGUUCGGAUUCGCUGGCUGCUGAGAUCACCACCCCGGAGAUCAGAGAACAUUUGAUUCGCCUUCAGCACGAGAACAAGAUGCUGAAGCUGGCCCAGGAGGGAUCGGACAAUGAGAAGAUUGCACUGUUGCAGAGUCUACUGGAGGAUGCCAGCAGAAGGAAAAAUGAACUGGAAACAGAAAACAGGUUAAUCAAUCAGCGCCUGAUGGAGGAACAGAGUCAGGUAGAGGAGCUACAAAAGAAUCUUCAAGAACAGGGUUCCAAAGCAGAUGAUUCUUCCAUUCUGAAGAAGAAGUAUGAGGAGCACAUGGAGAAAUUACGAGAGUUGAACAAUGAGUUACUGAAGAAAAACUCCUUCAUUGACGAAAUGGAGCCUAAAUACAACGCCAGCUCCCAAAGAGUGGAUGAGCUAGAGGAGGCCUUGAAGAAGAAAGAUGAAGACAUGAAACAGAUGGAGGAGAGAUAUAAGAAAUACCUGGAAAAAGCCAAGAGCGUGAUCCGUACUUUGGAUCCCAAGCAGAACCAGGGUUCAGGUCCAGAGGUCCAGGCCCUGAAGAACCAGCUGCAGGAGAAGGAGAGGAUGUUGCACUCAUUGGAGAAAGAGAUGGACAAGACAAAAUGCCAGAGAGAUUACGAGGAGAAACUGAUUGUAUCAGCCUGGUACAAUAUGGGUAUGUCUCUGCAGAAGAAGGCGGCUGAAGACAGACUUGCCAACUCCGGUUCUGGUCAGUCCUUCCUGGCCCGGCAGAGACAAGCCACCAGCACACGCCGCUCCUAUCCAGGCCACGUCCAGCCAGCUACCGCAAGGUAGAUGGCAGCAAGGCAGAAAAAUACUGCGGCAAACUACCUUACAAAUCCCCUGAACCUACAUAACAGUAGAUGUGCCUUUUUUGAAGGCACACUAUUUUCAUUCAUUUCUAAUGGACGUUCUUGUUUCCCUUCAUUCUGCCUAUUGAUUUCCUUUUUUUCUUCUUGAUCAGAUCCAUGAGGUAGAGAUGCCAGCCAAGGCUGCCCAAAUCUUGCACCACUUUUUUUCCCCCUGACUAAGCAUAUGUUACCCUGACUUUCUGUGAUGCCAGGCUUCUACUGUUUUUCACACCCCAGUAUAUUUGAUAGGGUCUGACUAAUCACUCCAAACACCCUCUCUUCCUCCCUCUCAACCACUGACCUUCCUCAACCUGUACUCUGUGGUAAACAGUUGCCAGGCAGGUAAUCUGGACAUCAAGGCAGAGAAGAAGCGCAUCCUCUACUGAAUUUACUGUCAUUUAUGUUCAGAGGAACUGCUCUGCCUGUUCAUGCAGUAUUUAUGCACAUCUCUACCUGUGAUAGCAUUUGAGGUUCAUCUUGUUUGUUGACUGGCGUUGUCGGAUUUUCUGUUCUGCAGUAUCUGUUUUAACUCUUAUGAUGUAGCUUUAAGCAGGUAACAGCAUUUUUUUCAUUUACAUGUGUUAAUGUUUGAAUUGUAUUUUUCAAAUGGAGAUCAGUUGCUCUUCUUCCAUGUCAUUAUGUUUUGAUCUGUGAAUUUAGAUCAAUAUUGAGUAACAAAUACAUGGAGGCAUAGGAAGAUGUAUAGUUGUCACGUGUAAAAUGUUCCAUUUGCUUGCUAAAUGAUCUGAAUGAUCUCUAAUAGGACUACAUGGUUUAGAAAAAAACAGGUAACUUCUCAGCUGGUAACAGUGCAGCAAUAAUUGUGAAGGGUAAUUUCCUCUGAGGAAAAAAAAAAGGCAAAGUAACUGCUUCAGCUGUUGAAGUUUUAUCAGGUGUUACGGUCCACAUCUAGAUAGAUUGCGGCAAAGAUCAAUGUGCUCCAUAAUUGUGUAGACAGGCUUUCAUGAUCUGACUUAAAGAGCCACCGUGGAACAAACCGGGAGUGGCACCAGCUCACAGCGUUUUAGCUUUUACCAGCAUUUACCAGGUUGUCUCAGACAACACUUUAUGUGCCAUAGGGUUGAAUUUAAAUGUAAGUACUACAGUACAGUUGGGCAAUAUUAUCCCUGCAACACUGCAAGUUUCCCUCCCAGCACCACAUAAAAAAAUACACUGAAGGAAAAUCUAGUCGUGCAAUGGUUGCUGAGUUUGGCACCCUGGGACUGUUUGGUUGAAAAAGGGAUUUGGUUUGUAGAUUGCCCCUUAAUGCCAAUGAGGUAUUUAUUCAAUGUAGCUCACUGAAGCAGACUUACUUUCCAUAUCAUUUUAGAAUCAGUUGAUUGUUAUAGUGAAAAUGUUUUCCAAGGUAUGUUAAAAGGUGUUUUUUGAAAAGCACAGUGUUUCCAAUGUCACUUUAAGGGGGAACCUUGAAUAAGUAUGCUUGUUGCAGCUGUUCCUAUCCUCUCUUUAACCCAUUUUCUUCUUCCAUUCUGUUUACAUUGUCAUUGUUUUUAAGGCACAUCAUGAAUGAACUUCUAUUACAUGAUGCACCUUUAGAAUUAACCCUGUUCAUUUGCUAUGUAUGUGUUGAGAUCGAGGCCAGAAAUUCAGGCUAACAGGCCCCGCCGUCUCACCGUUAUCUCUCUUUCUCCUCCCUCAACAGCAAUGUCACUGCAUGACUGGCACACCACUGAACUGGCCAAGCCUGGCGUGGCUCAGCCCAGCCUGGCCUGUCUUUGGCCUACGCUCAGUUAGGCCGAGGCACACGCUGCAUGAACUGCCCGCCUACUGUUUGCAUGACUUUGCAUUGACUCGAGCCUGCGAAUAACCAGCACAGCAGCAUGAGCACUAACAACCCUCUGCAGCGUCAUGCAUUGUAACCUCCAGACAAGCCUGAUGAGGGAUGGGGUCGGAAGAGCAAACCCUCACCCUCCUUCACCCAAUUAAACUCCUUUCCACCCUUCCAGCUCCUUUCUCUUCAUAUUCUCCUGCGCUUUGUUAUCCUCGCCAUACUCCCGUUCUCCUGUCCUCCACCCCCCCACCUUUCACUCUCCAUGGUCAUGCCUGCUUGUCUUUCCACACUGCAUUAAAUCUGUUACAGUUCAACCUGUGUUACAAACAUCUAGGGCAGGGGCAGCAUAUCGCAGCACAUACUGUCAAUCACACAGUUGAACUGUUAGUAGGCCCUUUCUGUAGUACUUGUGUGUAACUUGACAUUGGCUGGCUGCUUCAGGAUACCUCAAUGACAUAUUUUCACAUAUCUAUUUUUAUUUACAUGGUUGGCGGAGAGUCGGCGUUGGUGUGAGAGAAAUAUUUGAGAGGUGUAGCCUGCGAAUAAGUCUGCAAAAAAAAAAAAAAAAAAGGAGUCUGCUCCCCCAUAAACUUCAAAAUGUGUAUCUCCUGUUGAAGUUCUGCCCUGCCUCUCCUCAACAUGUUGCAAGAUGGCACCUUAGAUGUGGUUUUACCUCAAGUAUUAGUGAGUACAACAAGUUAUGGACUAAAGGAGAGCUUACGGGGCAUUUGGUCAGUUGAACAAUUUGCAGUAGGAGCAUAGGAUGGCAAAAUAACUGUUUAAAUUAAUUGAAUUAAUAACAUUGUUACAGAUAUGCUUUUAUACAGGAUAAAAGCCCCCAUUAAGCCUACUUGCAAAUUUCCAUGUCAGUGUAGUGGCUAUUUCUUGAUUAAAAGCACAUUUUAUACACAUUUCUAUAGUGUGUUGGAUGGCUUAUAAUGUAGUUGACUACUAUGUUGUCUAUGUUGUUUUGUCUAUAGCAAGUAGUAGUGUGGUCUAAUUGAUCCAAAAGCAAUUUGAUAUUAUUAUUGCCUUAAAAAGUAUUCAAGAAACACGGAUAUGAAAGUGUACAUUAGCUCAUGUAGGCAAAUGUACAGUACAUUCAUUUGAUUGGAUUGAAAGGGCUAAUUAUUUUUAAAAAGCAGAAAGGGAAACUAUUCCAGCAAUCUCUAAAGAUCCUGCUGAUCGCAGAUCAAACCCUUAUUCAGUACAUUUCAAAAGCAUUCACACCAGGCAGUAAUCCUGCAUUUGUUUGUGCUUUAUUAGUUCAACCUAACAGAACAGUUAUGUGAAAGAUUUUUAUUUAUUUGUUUUACAUUAAUUGUUCAUGGAUGAAGUUGACUGCUUAAACAUGCAGUGUUAACCACAAUACACGAGUUAUACAAGAGCCAAAUUAUAGUAUCAGUAAUAGGGAAACUUAACUUGGUGUUGCUAUAAGUCAUACUAUACAUUUUAUGUAGCUUUUAAAAUAAAUUUCUUAUUUAAAUUUUAUUUCCUGAGCUUAUUAAAAUCAUGUUAACUAAAAGGGUGAGAAAGACUGAAAAGAAACACCUGGACCUAAGGAUAUAUGCAUAUUAUAGGUAUAAGUGCAUACAUUUUUCGAGUGAGAGAGAUGGUUGAAUCCUCCAAUUUAGUGCCUUUGUGUAAAAUGUGAUAUUUAAAAAAAAAAAAAACAAGACUGGCUAGGAGUUAAUACAGCAAGAUGUGCUGCCUUUUAAAACCAGUUUUAUGGUGUUAUUUAGAAAGAGAAAAAUUUUGAUGAUCUCAUCCAAAUGAUACAUUUCUGGACAAAAAAAACUUAUUUUUAAGAUUAAGUGGGCUUAAUGAGGGCUUUCUUCUCUGUUUUUAACCUAUUUUACUCAUAAAUGUUAUAAUGUGUAACCUUGGUUUAAUUCAUGCCGUGCAUUUUUAUCUUAAUGGCUUAUUUAUUGUUUUGCUGCUUGUACAGCAGUGUUGUUACAUUUUUUUUUAUAUUAGUAUUAUUAUAUCACCACUUAUACUGUUACAAUAGAUGUGAAGUUUCCAUAUGACAUCAAAAUACUGUUAGAUACUUGUCUUAUGCAACAAAAGGAGGAGAUGGGUUGAAAUAGUGUAGUGUUUGCUCUGUUCAUCUAAUGAAAAUGACACAAAGGUUAUUAUAUCGACUGUUUCCGCUCAGAUCAGUGUAAAAUGGAGAAAACACAGCAAGGUUACAUUUACAUUUAGUAUUUUCAGGAAGAGGAGUUUCUUAGAAAAUGAUUGUGCUAAGAAACUUGUCAUGUUUGAAAAUGAAUGUUUUCUCAUUUACGAAAAAGCACACUCUACACUUUUAAUUCACUGAAUUGUUGGUGAAGUUACUGUAACCUGAACAAUUGAACACAUUUUCCAGUGUUUUAGUGACAGCAACAAAGACCAGGGUCCUGUUGUGGGGAAAAAGGCUGUUGGAUGUGCAUGUGUAAUUGCAUUAAAAUGAAGUUGGCUCAGAUUUUUGGUUAACUUAUCCUGAUUAGAUGAGGACAAAUCAAAUUCUUCAUUUGGACAUCAAAUACAUUUUCAGAACCGAGCUGUGAAAUAACUUUUUCAGCAAAAAAAAAAUAAUUCAGUUGCAAAGUAAAGAAGGGUUGGUUUUGUCCAGUUCUCUACUUGUUUCUGUCCGUUUUAUCACACAGAACUCUUUUAGCCGUCCAUCCCCAUUUGUCAUUGGUUUGGUAAGAAAUCUGUAUAUAAUGGAUUACAUCCACAUUGUGGUUGUUCUGUUUCAAUUUAUAUCAGGGAUGUUGGGGAAACUUUUUUUUUCUUUUGUUAUUUAAUAUCUCCGUAACAGAAAACAUGUUGUCCCCUUUUAUCCCCCAUGAAGUGAGCCACUGUAUUUUGUUGCUUAUAUGUGUCUGUUUUUAUACCCAAUAUUACUGGCAAAUAAUGAGAUACUGGGGGGAGGAUUAUCAGAAUGGAGUUUCAGACCAUAUUAAUGCUAAUUUCUUCCCAGUAAAGAAGGAAAGGUGACAUCCUCAUGUACUGUUCAAGCUAUAACCCAAAUUUUUCCUUAAUUUUCCUGUUUGAGAACAAUUUACUGAAUGAGUACUGCAGUAAUCUUCACAAAAACUGUCAUAAUGUGGUGUAUUAUUUAUAUGCCUAAACUAAAACGAAUACCCAGUGUGUUCCCUAGUGUUACUUGACUGCUGAUUGCUCUGUGGGCCAGUCAAAAGUGUAUUAAAGAGGUGAAAAGAACAUGCGGCUGUUAACAGGUCAGAAUCUAUCACUACGCGUGCAGUGUUUGCUGUAUUUUUUUACUCAUUGGCAAACUUUUCUUUACAUAUUGAAGUAGCAAAUAACCUUCCAUUUGCCAAGUUUUAUAUUGCUUGUAUACAAACACACUAUGUACAUACUUAAUGUAACAGUGUUAGAGGAGGUGUCUGGCCAUUUGAGGAUGAGAAAAUAAAACUCAUGUCUAGUUAGAUGGAUUUCAUAUAGCAUCUGUCCGAUGAGGACGUAUUGAUGAAAAUGUGCUUCCUACACUGCAAAACUUGGAAAUGACAUUGUAAAUAAAGCUUGUAUAAAACAG